UAUAUCCUACAUUCGUUCUGUCUUGCCGGAUACCCUCAAAGUCGCAUUGCGUAUUUUUCGUUAAAAAUUUAGCUAUAUAAAACUAAUUUUUUUUAAUGAUUUAGUUACUUUAGCGGUAAAUUAUGUUUGGAUUAUUACUAAAAACAUUGAAUUUUGGCAAUAGCAUAUUAAAUAAACAACUCAAAUAAUCGACAUUCUUUUCGAUUCGGUAAUAUAGAGCAAGAACGUUGGAUACCAGGUAGUUUUUGGCGGGAUUCCUGAGUAAUGACAAUUUGAGUUGGUAAUUCUGACUCGCGGGAUGAAAAUUAUCUAGCGAUGGAGAGAGAAGAGCGGCGCGUCCGGAUGCACCGAUUACUCGCGGAAACUGGUAAUAAUUUCACGCGAUCGGCAAGAAUCUACCGCGAGCGAUUCACGGCGGAUAAACAACCACCAUCAAGGCAAUCCUUCCGAAGACUGGCAGAAACAGAGCGGAAGUUUGGGGUACUGAAACAGCCCCGACGGCAACGCAUCAGACUGGUAUUGGAUGGCCCAGCAAGAGACGCAGUGAAAAAUGCACUUGAGAAAAACGAGGUCCAGAGCAUGAGACAGGUGGCCAGAACACUGCAGGUUCCGCGAGAAUCCAUCAGGAAAAUCGUACAUUUGGAAAACAGCGCAUCAGGUGCCAACUGGCACAAAAUCUCGAUCAAAGGCUACGGUACUGUAACUGGGGAAUACAGCGUCUCAAGGAAGAUGCCGAAUUCUUCCGGAGAGUGUGCUUCACUAAUGAAGUCACCUUCACAAACAUCGUAAUGCUGAUUAAACAAGAGUGUCGUUACUGGACUCCAGGAAGUCCACAUUGGAUUGUGGAGCAGGACGCCCAACACAGUUGGAAGGUCCAGGCCUGGGUUGGACUAUUAGGGGAUAGAAUAAUCGGACCUUAUUUUUUUGAAGGGAAUAUGAAUUCCCAGAAAUAUAGAGACCUGCUUACCAACGAACUCCCCCGUUUGUUGCACGGAAAUCCCAUUCCUAUGGACCAGGUUUGGUGGCAGCAAGACGAGGCCCCUGCUCACAACAGCAACGCGAACACAAAGAUCCUGAACGCUAUGUUCCCGGAGCGAUGGAUUGUGACAGGAGGUCCGAUUAGGUGGCCAGCACGCUCACCAGAUCUCACGCCACUUGAUUAUUACUUCUGGGGUAAAGUUCAAAGAAUUGUCUAUGCACAGGCCCCUACCACAAAGCACAAUAUGAGGCACCGUAUCGCCGAUGUGUGCGCUGCAAUUCCCAUCAGGCAGCUGCAACAGGUGCGCAGGUUGAUCCGAAAACGGUUCUCAUUUUCCACCGAGUAAAACGGACGUCACAUGGAGCAACUCUUCAGACAGAAGAACCAGGCCUAAGACGUGAGAUUCUUUUGACAAAUCUCUAUUGAUGAAUAAUAAAAAUUUAUGAUGGACAAUUCUUACUGAACAAAAAUUUGAACCUCAGCAUUUCUAUAGUGUGAGAAUAUAGUAUUAUAAAAAUGGUGAAAAGUCAACUUUAUAUUUGUUUGCUUUUGCACUCAACACAAUUGUUUAAUAUUACAUUCUUUCUUAUCAAAUUACAUACGCAUCGUAUUGUUCUAAUUAUCAUAUUUGACUUUUCAAAUAGCUAUGACGACUGUCCCGUGGAAUGUAGAGGAUGGCAAGGAACGGCUUUUGGUUAACAGUAACAGUAGGCGAGAUCAGGAGUGAAACUUAAGAUUAGAUUCUUAUAUCAAAUCGCUCAUAAUGAUUAAUACAAAAGUAUGAUAGGCGCUUCUUAAUGCAAAUAAAUCUGAGCCUCAACAUUCGUAUUAUGAGAAAAGUAUUACGAAAAUGGAGAAAAGUCAAGUGUCCUGUUGUUUACAUCUGCAUAUGACACUGUCUUCAUUUGUUUCAUUAAUAUUGGAUUUGCUCAUAUCGAAGUAUGCACUCUGCAUUUAUCUAUUUAUGAUGUACGAAUAUCAAAAACAGGUAUUACUGAGAGUUUCAUGGGGUGUAAAGAAUAGCAAGGAAUAACUUUUGGAGGAGAGUUACGAUGGAUAAGACCAGAAGUGAAACAUGAGAUAAGAUUCUUUUGACGAAUUGCUCGUUAUGGAUGAUACAAAACUAUGAGGGAUGUCUUUUAUUGCAAAUAAAUAUCAGCCUCACUUCUCAGCAUUUCUAUUAUGAGAGUAAUAUUACGAAAACAGUAAAAAGUUGAGAGUCUUGCCCUUUACUUCUGCGUAUGACGCCGUCUGAAUUUUUCAAUAAUAUUGGAUUUGUUCCUAUCAAAAUAUACAUAUAGUACUCACACAAUUAAAUUCAAUGAUUGACUUUCAAAAACAGGUGUUGCUAACAGCCUUGUGGUAUGCAAAAGAUAACGAGGACUGGCUUUUGGCGCUGGUUUUAGUGGGUAUCCCGUGAGGUGAAUCCCACACUCCUGGGAGUGACGUUACCCUCUCCAGGGUAGUCUAUAAAAGAUUUCUCCAACAAUUUGGCUAGACGCAAGAAAAAAGAACCGAUAAUAAUAAAUAUCAGCACACAUCGAUAUAGUCUCACAUAUUUCGUCAAUUAAAACGUGAAUGUCGACUUAGCAGACUUGUAAUUUGUAAAAGAUGCACUAUCAUUAAUACGUUCGCGAUUUCAUUAUCCAUUAUAUUUUCAAAAAAUAAUGCAUCAAUUCAAUGUCGUAAACCAGAUGUUGUGUUACUAUAUUGAUAAAACAGCGAGAAGCUCAUAAUUAGAAACGAAGAAAAGCCAUUUCGUUAUUUCACCCCAGUUUUGAAACAGUAGAUUCAACAAUUCAUUGCUGUUUCAUAGGUCAACUGAAAACAAAUUGACCUGUAAACAUCAGCACCGAGUAGUGGAAAGAAACCUGUUAGUAAUAUUUUGACGUUAACUUUCACUUUCAAUGCGAAAAUUAAUCUAUUAAAAUUAUUGUCAGGUACAAUUAAGCACAUGGUACGGUCGGUGGAUUGAAAAGGAAAAAAUGGCCUUCUCCUUGAAUAAUUUCGGUUAAUCGACUAACAGUUGCAGUUAAAAAUUUUUUUUAACUUCUAUGACGAUGUUCUGUUCUCCGUUGAAGUCUUCAAUUUCAUUCCUUUCCUUUACACUGUAUCUCAUUGAUGUGUUUAAUGUACUUACUGCCUGUAUCCAGAAUAUCGAGCAUAGCAUAAACUAAUAAGUUUAGGUAACAGCUUCAAUUUUUCACUUCACAAGUACCUAUGAUCUGUGUAACAUUGACGUACCACUUCAGAAAACAAAUGUAUUUUUAAAUAAUA